AUGGCUUCUUCUUCUUCCAAAAGCUCUUUGCGCCGUAGUCAUGGCGACUCAUCCGGAGCCUCGUCUGGACAUUCGCAUCCACGAUCAGCGACACAAUCUCGACUUUCCACCGCACCCUCUAUCGAUAUCGACACUCUCGUUAACCACCUCCUCGUCGCGAAACGAUCGCUUUCUUCUAUGACUCUUGUCCUCCGUGCGAAUGAGAUCGCGAAUGAUGCUAGGCAGUCACAUGAUGAUGUAUCCAUCCUGGCUGCGCAGGCGGGCUUCUUACGAACGUCUAUACUGGAUCAGACGGCGAUUCUGGUGAGAACUAGGAGGAGCUUGCAGAGCACUUAUGAGUGGGGAAAGAAGGACUUUCGAAAGCUGGUCAAGUCGAUGGACUUGGUCGAUGGGCAGCUUGAUCUUACUAUGGAGAUGCUGCGCGAGACUGGGGUUGAGAGUGUUUUUAGACCUCAGGGUGAAGAGAGACGAAGUCUUCUUGAUUUUAUCGAUGAAGGAGGCGUGGAUGGAGUGCGCGAGGCGAUGAAGCAGAGCAUCCAGGAGCUACAGGCUAUUCAGCAAUCCUUUGACGGAGAUCUACUCCGUUUCGAUAACGACAUCCGGAACCUGAAGAAAGUGGUGGCCGAUACGCCCAGCAUACAGGAUAUACCACAGGGCAAUAAUCCAUCGGCCGGCGAGAUCCUCGAGAGUCUAGUCGACCAUUCAGCCAACAUGGCCCAGCUCCUCGCAUCACUGAACCAUCACUUCGACAUGUGCGUCACCGCGAUCCGAACGACCGAAGGCGGCGUAGCACUCGCUCGCCGUAGAGCUGCCGAGGCUACACAGUCCCAAGGAAAUGACGGGGUUUCCAUUUCAGGCGUCAUCGCCGAACAAGAGUCUAAUGUGUCCGACCUCGAACCCAAAACGGCGAAAGACCGAGCUGAGAUGUUAAAAGUCGUCGUGCAAGACGCACGCGAGGUCGACGACGUGGUGCAGGAGAUACAAGAGCGCCUCACGGCAAUGGAGCAGGAUUACACAGUGCUGCAGGAACAGCACGACAUCUCAAAACAGGCCUACACGGGCAUGCUACAGGCAUACGCUAUUUUGGGCGAUAUCGGCGAUCGACUCGCUGACUACCUCGCGGCCGAGGGAGACUUUAAAACACGAUGGGACAUGGAGAAGGAGAGCGUCUUUGCCAAGCUGCAAGAGAUGCAGCAGCUCAAGGACUUUUACGAGCGCUACGCAAGUGCGUACGACAGUCUGAUUCUCGAAGUCGAGCGCCGUCGCGCCGUAGACGAUCGCGUGCGCAGCCUCUGGCGCAAAGCACAAGAGAACGUGGACAAGCUCCUCGAGACAGACCGCGUGUCGCGCGAGGCGUUCCGGCAGGACGUGGGAGAGUUUCUGCCGACGGAUCUGUGGGCGGGUAUGCAGGGUUCUGCGAAGAAGUGGACUGUUGUGAAGGAGGGUGAGGGAGAUGGAGAUGGAGAGGUGCAGCCGUUGAGGAGGAGUGUUGUUGAGGCGGCGAAGGAGAGACUUGCGAGGGCGGGGGAGAGACGGGGAGUGAGAUAG